CCCACCCGCCACCCGCGCCCGCCCCCGCCCGCCCUCGCGCCCUCCGGCAGCGCGAGCCCGGGCCGCGAGGGGCCGGGGGCGGGGCCGGGGCGGGGCCCGCGGGGCGGGCCGGGCUGACGGCGCCGCUCCCCCCAGGCAUGGACGGCGGGUUCCUGAUGGAGGUGUGCGUGGACUCGGUGGAGUCCGCUGUCAACGCCGAGCGCGGAGGUGCCGGCCGGAUCGAGCUGUGCGCGGCCCUGCUGGAAGGAGGGACCACCCCGAGCAUGGGGCUCCUGCAGGUGGUGAAGCAGUGUGUCCGCGUCCCCGUCUUCGUCAUGAUCCGGCCCCGCGGCGGCGAUUUCCUCUACUCGGACCGGGAGGUGGAGGUGAUGAAGGCCGACAUCCGCCUGGCCAAGCUGCACGGGGCUGACGGGCUGGUGUUCGGGGCCCUCACGGAGGACGGGCGCGUUGAUACCGAGCUCUGCACAGCGCUGCUGGUGUGCCGGCCCCUGCCUGUCACAUUUCAUCGAGCCUUUGACAUGGUGCACGACCCUCUGGUGGCAUUGGAGACCCUGAUUUCUCUGGGCUUUGAGCGAGUGUUAACGAGCGGCUGCGACAGCUCGGCGCUGGAAGGGUUGUCCUUGAUUAAGAGGCUUGUGGAGCAGGCAAAGGGCAGAAUUGUGGUGAUGCCAGGGGGUGGCAUCACAGAGCGCAACCUGCAGAGGAUUCUGGAAGGCUCCACAGCUUCGGAGUUUCACUGCUCUGCUCGCUCAGCCCGGGACUCAGGAAUGAAGUUCAGUGUAAGCGUCCAGCAGUGCUCAUCAUCUGGACACAAGCUCCAUGUAAACCCAAAUGUUGCCAUGGGAGCAUCCUUCUCUGCCCCGGAGUACUCCAUAAAGGUGGCAGAUGUGGCCAAAGUGAGGACCCUGAAUGCCAUCGCAAAGAACAUUCUGUAGCGGAAGGCACCGUGCUGGGACAGGAGCGCUGAGGCCGCGGGGUUCUCCCUGCCCCAUGGACAGAUGGGUACUGCUUCCCUCAGGCUGCAGAGGGUGUGAACUGGGUGAAGAAGGCUGACAUCUCUUCCCUUGGCUUCCCCUGAGUGACCAGUCCCUGGCCUGGAAACUUACGUUGGCCAUUUUAAAUAAAAGGACUCAUUCCCAGAUGUUGCAGCAGCAAGCUGUUUGGCAGUAUUUGGGAGAAAGGGAGCUGAGCAAGUAGGAGGAUUGAAUUGUGUAGCACUGCAUGUGAUGGACAAAUAAACACUGCAGCUGCCCCCCCA